UGCCAACUGCGCUCAAGAGGUCGCCCUCCUCCCCGCUGCUUAAAGAUCAGUCCUAAGAGGAAUAAGGAUCUCACCCAGGAAGAAUAAGGGUAAAAGAGGAUGACGGGUAGAGCAUGAGACAAGCCCUCAAUCUUCCUUUUUUCUCUAUCAUCUUCGACUUCUGGGUUAACCAGGGGGCGAUCAAGUCAAUAAUAGAGACCAACGAUCGCCUUGAACCCAGACUAGUGGUCCCUAGUGGAAUAUAGCUGGUUAUUGGGGAAGAGGGGGUGAGAAGAGCAAAGGCCUAGGAAAUAUAAAGUGCUGACAGACAACAAUGCACAGAAGUCAACAAGAGAAGGCAGGCGUCGGAGGCGAUGUUAGGAAGUCGUCACAGUCGCCGCGCCGCCGCCUCCCCCACCCAGCAAAAGACCUCUGAGAUCCCCCUCAUGGACCUGGCCUCUACAACACGGACGACCUUCUUCUCAACUGAAGAAAAAGGCUGUGCCUCAGUUACCCUGCCAGGCGUAAGUUGAAGGGGAAGACCGACCCCCGAGAGCGCUCCUCAGAGGGUUCAUCCGGACUCGAUCUCAGACGCGGGGGGAGGGGGAAUUCACGGAGGGCGGAGCAUCGCUUCAACAGCUGAGGGCUGCAUCAAGGCAGGGACGGGUUUUCCUGACCCACGGAGCUGAAGGUCGCCCCCUCCACAACCCUGUCACCCGGUUACCUCUUUGCUUCGUCGUCGCCGAGCAGCUCUGGCUCGGUGGCCGCCAUUACUACAUCGCACUCAGCGGCAGCCGCCAUCUUACCGCCGAGACCAGAGAGCCGAAUGGGAGGCAGGCGGAGAGGAGCACUUCCGGCUAGAGCAUCGAGCUGCUCAGUAGUGCUGAGCCCAGAGGGGCUUCCUCGAGCCCGUCUACCAGCGUGAGGCUCCGCUUGGGGCCAGAGCGGCCUCCCGCCCCCGGAGGUCCACGGUGGUCUCCGCGCGGAGGCGGGGGCCCAGGGGCGGUUCCUGUGCGUAGGAGGCGCCACUUUGCCCGUGUGUAGGAAGGAGGGGUACAGGAAGGUGUCGCCUCUCUCUCUAGGCCUUGGCUUUCUUCAGUAUUCCUGGAGCCUCGCUGCCAUAGCAACUUCCACUCCUAGAGAGUCUCGGUGUGCAUCUGUUCCUCAAGGUUGAAGGCUAAGCAUGGGGAAGAGCUGCAAAGUGGUUGUGUGUGGCCAGGCAUCAGUGGGCAAAACUUCAAUCCUGGAGCAGCUCCUAUACGGGAACCACGUAGUGGGUUCUGAGAUGAUCGAGACACAGGAGGACAUCUACGUGGGCUCCAUUGAGACAGACCGGGGGGUGCGGGAGCAGGUGCGUUUCUAUGACACUCGGGGGCUCCGAGAUGGGGCCGAGCUGCCCCGACACUGCUUCUCCUGCACUGAUGGCUACGUCCUGGUCUAUAGCACGGACAGCCGAGAGUCCUUUCAGCGUGUGGAGCUACUCAAGAAGGAGAUUGACAAAUCCAAAGACAAGAAGGAGGUCACCAUUGUGGUCCUCGGCAACAAGUGUGACCUACAGGAGCAGCGGCGUGUAGAUUCAGACGUGGCUCAGCAUUGGGCCAAGUCGGAGAAGGUGAAGCUGUGGGAGGUGUCAGUGGCUGACCGCCGCUCCCUCCUGGAGCCCUUCGUCUACCUUGCCAGCAAGAUGACCCAGCCCCAGAGCAAGUCUGCUUUCCCCCUCAGCCGCAAGAACAAGGGCAGCGGCUCCUUGGAUGGCUGAAGAGCUGCCCUUCCUUCCUCACCCUCCCAGCCCCACACUAGCAUCUGGGGCUCUAGAAGAUGGGUUGAGAGCAAAGAGGGGGCAGGGGGGCUGGGGUAAGCAAGCUCUCCUUCCCUGUGAGCACAGGGAGCCCCCACUAGGCCAGGCCCAGGCCCCUUUUACUCCCUCUCAACUCUGGGAAGUGCAAAUAAUCUUGGUUAGCGCCCCCUUCUCCCCUCAACCCUUCCCCCCCCCCCCAGCUUUCAUAUCUGCUCCACUGUCAGCCGGGGUAGUCACAGGUCAGAGUCCCUUCCAUCUGCUCUGGACAGGAAGCAAAGCUACCAUGCAGAAGUACCCAGUCUAGGGUCUGGUUCCCAUUAUAGGGGUCCCACCCUUCUUUGCCUCCUGCCAGCAAAACACACACACACACACAGCACCAGCCUGUCCAGGUGUUGUGUAUUGUGUAGAUGUGCACACACGUAUGUGUGUGCAUGCUGGUAUUAGGGGUCUCCUUAUCCCUCACCCUGACCUGUCUUUUCAUAAGCUGGAAGAAGCUGGCCUCCUGGGAGUGUAAUUUUCUGUUUUAAUUCUUCUCCCCCAAUUGUUUUGCUUCCUCUUCCUGCUCAGGGAGCAGAUGGGUCUCAUUGGUUGAGGUGGAAUGGAACGAUGACUGGGCUGUCAUCAGCUGACUUUGUGACCCAGCAAGGCCUUUCCCCUCUCUGGGUGUCAGUUUCCUUAUCUGUAAGGUGAUGGGGGUUGUUUAGAUGAUCUCCUAGAUCCUUUCCAGCUCUAUGAUAAGCCUGAGGCUUCAGGCCAUGUGACUGUACCCUUUGCUUCUCCCUCUUCAAGGUGCUAAGCCUAGCAGCCCUGGAGGCUGGACCAUGUCUCUCCCUUUAACCACCAGGGGGCAGGAGUGCACUGUCCACUCUCAGUUGCCAGAGUAGCAGCUCUGUCCUGCAGGGGCUGGUCUUCAUCCCUUCCUAUAGUGGUUUUCAGCUGAUGGCUGGACUUCUAUUUAUAAGUUACCUGUAUUUAUAUUCCUGCUGCCAUGUUGAAGGCUGGACAAGGUGCUCCUCUAGCCCUUCUUACCUCAGAUGCCUGAACCAAACAAGGCAAACCAGUAGCAGCUUCUCAGAAGCUUCUGUCAGGGCUCAGGAGGGUGGUUACACACUCAGACGUGCUGUAAGUGAGCUUAUAACCCACAACUUCCUGUGCCCACUUGUGCUUAUAACGUGCACACGUAGCAUAGGUGAGACACUAUAGCCAGGCAAUCUCCGAUACAUGCCCCUUCUCCCCCAAACAGGAGGGGUGAGGAGGAGUAGGUGCCCAGGGCUGGGCAAGUAGAGUUAGGGUGUAUUCAGGCUCGGGCUUAAAGUUCAUUUAUUGAUGGAUUGGACACAAUAAAACCACAACCGCUAUCAAAACGUUUCCCUCCCCUCCCCCCAUGUCUUGUUUUCCCAUGGAAAUAUCUUUUUUUAAAAAAAGAUGCA